AUGGUGCUCGUGCUGAACGCUGAAGCAAUAGUGCAAGACUCCAUCCUGUGCAUUGCUCGGUCCAUCGCGUUCCAAUUCACCCAAUACAGGUGGGAGAGUGUGCAAAAAUGGGCGACCUCAAACGGCGGCUCUGUCCUCACAACUCUCCUGUCCUCCAGCAACUCCAGCAUCCGCGCCCUAUCCAUCUCUGCUCUUGUCCGGGGCGAGGACAAAGCCGCUCAGCUCGCCGAUUUAGGUGUUAAGCCAAUCAUCAUCAAGUCUCUCGACGACCUCGAUGCUAUCCAAGUAGCGGCCAGCUCACACGACAUUGUCCUCAACCUUGCCUCCGGUUACCACACCGCCAGCGCCCGGGCGGAAAUCCUCGGCCUUGCGGCACGGAAGAGAAAGACAGGCAAGGAUGUCUACUUCCUGCACCAAUCCGGCACUUCCAACCUCGCGGACCGCCCCAUCACCGGCUAUGUGCAAACCCGUGUUUUCAGCGACAGAGACAACAUAUACGAGUUCGAGGUACAGCGCGAGGAGCUAGAGCAAUAUGCCCAGCGCACCACCGACGUCGUGGUUGUGCAGACGGGCAAAGAAGUCGGCGUGAAGACGUACAUCAUCAUGAGUCCGACUAUCUACGGGAUGGGAUCGGCGAAGGUGGGAAACCGAUUGAGCAUCCAGAUCCCCAGCUUGGUGAAAGCCGCGUUGAAAGCCGACCGGGCCGAGACCGUCGGAAAGGGAGAGGGCGUAUGGAACUACGUGCACAUUGAGGAUUUGACGGUGCUCUGGGAGCAGUUGCUGCUAAAGGUCGUGCAGGGCGAGGCGAUCCCACAAGGCGAAGAAGGGAUUUAUUUCUCGGAGACGGGGGAGUUCACGUGGAGGAGUUUGGCGGAGCUGAUCGGGAAGGCGGGGAAGGAGUUGGGCAAGUUGGAGAGUGCAGAAGUCGCUCAGAUUUCUCUGGAGGAUGCCGCGAAGAAGUGGGCCGGUGGUGACCCGCAGCUAGCGGAGCUAGGUUUCGCAAGUAAUGCGCGCACGAAGACGGGAUUGGCGAAGGAGCUACUCGGUUGGGAGCCGGUGAAGACGAAGGAAGAUUGGGAGAGAAGUGUUAGGGAGGAAUUUGAGGCGAUUGCUAAGGCGCAAGGGGCUUAA